AUGGCCUCUGCUUCUUCGCAACCUCCGAAAUACGUAAAAGUCACUGUUUACAUAACACGCUCACCUGACUGCACCCACGAGGAGUUCCAUCGGUGGUGGACCGAGAAGAAUGCUCAGGUCUUAAUGCAAAACGAGGUUUUCAGAGAAAAUAUCCGCAGAUACAACCAAUAUCAUAUCACGCCAGAGUUGAGAGAGGCAGUGGAAGACGCGGGUUUACCAACGCUUGACUAUGAUGGCGUGCAAGAGUUGUGGUUUGAUAGCGUGGAUGACUGGAAGGAUGUGAUGAGCAAUCUUGACUUUGUGAUGGCGAUUGAUGAGGAUGAAUCGCGUUUCGUAAUACAAAAUCAAAGAGUGAUGAUUGGGUAUGAUAACCUGGUUUUUGGAAAGGAGGUUCUACCAUAGUUGGUAUGAUAGAAGAGAUUUGGGAUAAUUAGGCAGGCCUAAGAAGAAUACCAAAGAUGGACUGGCUCCCGUUUAUGCACCUCAGCGCUAUGCACGGUGCUUCGUCAUAAGAAUCCGUACAAUAUCUUGCCACUUCAUAUGGUGCCUUAUACCAUUUUGGGAUUCUAGAAUGGACGUAGUUCAGCGUCUUGGGCAACUGGAAAUAUCGCGGGGCCACCCUAGACAGUGGUAGAGGGGUGCACACUGACAGGAGGAGUUAGUCAUCGCCACGUUGAGGUUGGGCAUUUUGGCGGAAGUUCUAGGACAAUCACGGCUAUGUCAGGGUCGGUCUCACAAGGUAGGGUGGGGAUGCGCUACAACGCAGUUAGUAGGUAGCACUUAGUAGCACUUACAGAGUACAUCAGCGAGACGAAGUU